AUGGUGCUGACGGGCGCGGGCGUAAUCGCCUCGGUCGUGGGCAUCCUCGGCGGCCUGUCGCUCUCAUGCGGCGGCUGGUCGUCGCUCUCCCUCGGCGCGCGCUCGCUCUUUGUCACGACGCAAUUCCUCUCGGCCUUUGCCAUGGGAUUUGUCGUGGCGUUUACUGCCAUCGUCUCGCUCAGCGACACGAACGAAUGGGUCGCACUAGCGGCUGGCGGCGGCGCUGGUUUCUUGGUCGCGCUCAUUGUCGGCUUCAUGACGCUCUGUGGCCCGUACGUCCUCAUCUUUGUCACGGGCGGCAUCGUCGCGUCGUACCUGCUCCUCAUUGACGCCUACAAUGGCAUCAACGUGUUCCCCGCGGACAACCAACUCGCUCGGCAGGAGUUUGUCAUUGCCUUUAUGAUCAUCUUUGAGCUCGUGUGCUGCUCGAGCUCCAAGUCGCUCGAGCUCGAGAACCACCGCAUCAAGUACGUCGUGUUCUCGGCCAUUACGGGCGGCUGGCUCGCUGCCGACGGCGUCUCGCGCCUCAUUGACUCGAGUGCCGUGCUCUCGGACGUGGCGUACCAGUCGAUCCAAAAUGGCGGCACAGCUGCACUCAAGGGCAUGGACGCUGGCUCGCAGACGCUCAUGUUUAUCAUUUGGGCCGCUGUCGUCGUCAUUGGCGGCCUCAAUCAGCUCUCGAUGCGCUGGGGACUCAUGUGCUACAACCGCGUGGGCGCUCACGCACAGCUCGGACCUGUGGAGGAGCAGCUGCCGGAGCUGCCCACAGGCGCGACGCUCCCGGCGCAGACGCUCACGGAGCGCGUGCGCCUCGUCUGUGAGAACUGUUUUGCGACUGUGCCCAGCGGCACGGCGUUCUGUACGGAGUGUGGCGAAGCCAUGCCGUCGGAAGACGCAAACCCAGACGUGAGCAUCUCGCAGGCGCAGAUGCCGUCGGUCACGAUGAACAGCAAGAGCCAAGCGCCUGAGCGCUGGCAGCAGGUGCCACAUCGCACGUACCUCAGUACGACGUCGUUUGUGGACCCGAAACACGCGAAAGAAGGCGGUGUGAGCAUGAAGGACAACGGUCGCAGUAUCCGCUUUAUGGACGGGGGAGUCCAGGGCCCAGACGGCAAGAUGGGGCAGUAUAACGACUCAAUUGCUGGUGUCCGGAACUACUACGAGCCGUCCUUUCGGUCGUUUGCCAUGUCGACGUAUUCGAUUGCGAAUCGUGCGGCUGAGCCUGUUGAGACGCCAAACAUUCGCAAGUACAAGAUGUCGGGCAGUGGCAUGUUCCACGUGUUUUACUUUGGCACGGCGGCUACGGGUAUCAUUUGGCUGUAUUACUUGACGACGAUGUACCCGCAGCAGUACUUUUGUGACCACGCGCGGCCGACGUUACCAUGUGACAUGUUGCCGGCCAGUGAAACGGAAGGCUGUUUCAGUUCGACGGUCAACUAUGACGCGGACUCGGGUGAUGGAUAUUGUAUCCGUAACGUGCCGUUCAUGUCGUGGGUCAUGUACGCUAUGAUGGUUUUCAGUGAGUUUCUCAAUUUCUUUCUGGGACUGCUGUUCAACUUCAGUAUGUGGCGUCCGAUUCGUCGUGGAGCGCGGUACAUGAACGAUUUCAAGCCGCCCAUUCCCAAGGAACAGUGGCCGACGGUCGACAUCUUUUUGUGUCACUACAUGGAACCGGUCACGGAUUCGAUGCAGACAUUGAAGAACUGUCUUUCUCUCCAGUACCCGCCCGAGUUACUGCACAUCUUUGUGCUGGAUGAUGGUUACACCAAGUCGGUAUGGGACGCGAACAAUCACUUUAAGGUGACGGUGAACACAAAGGUGAUCGAGAUUUGUGGUGAUUUGCGCGGCGACCUUGCCCGGCUCAUGCACGAGCGUGUGGUCGGGCCUGUGCAGGACGACCAAAGCUUGAAGACAUGGCGUCGCCAGCACAGCUCUGUCCGUGAACUUCGCAAGGAGGGUGGCAAGGGCGUGCAGCGUCGUGAUUGUGCUGUCGGCUCACUUUCGGACGACUACGACUACCGUGACCGUGGUAUCCCGCGUGUAACGUUCAUCGGUCGUAUGAAGCCCGAGACGCACCACUCCAAGGCUGGUAACAUCAACAAUUGCUUGUUCAACGAAGGUGCUGACGGCAAAUACUUGCUGAUUCUGGAUAACGACAUGAAGCCGCAUCCGAAGUUUUUGCUUGCGGUGCUGCCAUUUUUCUUCUCGGAAGGCGAGGCUGUUGACGGUGGAGGACGUCAGUACAGUGACGACAUUUCGUGGAACCAGGUGUCAUACGUGCAGACUCCUCAGUACUUCGAGGACACGCCGCAGUUGACGAUCAUGGGCGAUCCGUGUGGCCACAAGAAUACUAUUUUCUUCGACGCUGUGCAGUGUGGUCGUGAUGGUUUCGACUCUGCAGCUUUUGCCGGUACGAAUGCUGUUUUCCGUCGUCAAGCUUUCGAUUCGAUCGGUGGUAUUCAGUACGGUACGCAGACAGAAGAUGCCUUCACGGGUAACGUGCUGCACACUUCUGGUUGGGACUCGGUGUAUUUCCGCAAGGAUUUCGAGGGCGAUGCCAAGGACCGUAUCCGUCUAUGCGAAGGUGCUGUUCCCGAGACGGUUGCUGCUGCCAUGGGCCAGAAGAAACGUUGGGCAAAGGGUGCUGUGCAGAUUCUGCUGAUGAAAAAUGAGAGUGAAGUCGACCCGGACUGGCGUCCACCGCGUGUGCCUGCUCCGGACCCGAAGCCGUCUCUUACGUUCCCACGCAAGAUGUUCUUCUACGACUCGGUGCUGUACCCGUUCGGUUCGAUUCCUGCCUUGUGUUACGUGGCAAUUGCUGUCUACUACUUGUGCACGGGAGACGCUCCGAUCUACGCUCGCGGAACCAAGUUCCUGUACUCUUUCUUGCCCGUGACGUUCUGCCGUUGGGUGCUGAAUCUGUUGGCAAACCGCGCUGUUGAUAACAAUGACGUGUGGCGCGCGCAGCAGACAUGGUUUUCCUUCUCGUUCAUUACGAUGAUGGCAAUUUUUGAGGCCGUCCAGGCGCGCUUGACGGGCAAGGACAAGUCAUGGGCAAACACGGGUGCUGGCCAAAAGACGUCGUGGACGGAAAUUCCGAACGUGCUCUUUUUCUUCACGCUGCUGUUCAGUCAGCUCGUGGCGCUCAUUCGUUUCUUCGAGUACGAGAACGCAACGAACCCGUGGAACUACGUGUCUGCGAUGUUCUUUGGCUUUUUCGUCAUGAGCCAGUUCUACCCCAUGGUCAAGAUGAGUAUUACCGAGUACUGUGGUUGGGACCAUACUGCUGCCACCUUCACGGCGAACGUGUUUGGUUCGCUGCUGGUGGUCUACAUCGUGGUCUUCGUGCAGUUAUGGCAAGUGUACUACGCUGGCAAUCUCCAGGUGGCCCAGGGCAUCGUAGCAGGUACGAGUGACCCAGUGGCAGCGACGUAG